AUGGUCCAACACCAUCGGAAGGCCCAAGGCCCAGAACCGACCAACGUCUACAGGGUGGCUACUUCCCGUCCCUCGGGGAGCUAUGCAUCGUCUGCAGAGCUGAGUCGGUGCAGCAGUCGGCUGAGCGAGGAGGACUAUGGCGUUGAGUACAGAGAGAGGGACCCUUACGACGAGAACGACUCUUACCACUCCUGCCACUCCUCGGUCAGCUACAGUAAAGGCUCUCCAGACUGGGACCCCGACGAGACGCAGGGGGCGUACAGCGAUGAAGGCGGCUACAGCAAAGACGGAGGAGAGGAGGCGGCUCUGUACGAGGAGGAGGACGACGGAGGACUGUAUGAGGGAGAAGAGGAGGGGCUCUACGAGGAUGAGGAGGUGAUCUACAAUGAUGAGGAUAUGUACAUCUUGGAUGGGACCCUCAGUGAGGACAUGGAGGCUCCCUUUACCCCCACCCCAACUUCAACAGCGCCCCAAACUCUGGAUGUACCCAGCUCCAGGCCUCCUCUGGAGAAACAGCCGUCCUUACACCAACAGCAGCCCCCUACUCAACCCCCCAACCAGACAUCCAACCAGUCUCAUCCUCCUGGCAUGGCCCCGUCAGCACAGCCCCCCUCUGUCCAACCAACACAACCGCCUAAACAGCCCCCCUCUGGCCAACCAACACAACCGCCUAAACAGCCCCCCUCUGGCCAACCAACACAACCGCCUAGACAGGCCCCAACACAGCCACAGCCGGCCCCCUCUGCCCCCUCAGCCACUUCCUUCUUCUCCAUGGCCAAUCCCCUCACAGCUGCAGUCACAGGCCUGGCCUCCACUUUCCUUUCUUCUGUUCCCACCGCUCAGCCUGCCCAGACCCACCCUCCAGCCCCGGCAGUGUCUCAGCAACACCAGGCGGCCAGCGUCGUGCCUACAUCCCACCCGGCCACCGGGACUAACUCACAGCCCCCCACGUCUACCACGGGCCCUUCCUCCCAACAGACCCCGUUCUCUGGGCAGCCUCAAUCUCAUCUCAACGGUCCUGCCGCCACACAGUCAGCCGCCCCUGAGGACCAGGACCUCCAGCUUGAGGAAGAGCCAUGGCCAGAGGAGGAGAUGAUGUUUGACAAAGAGGCCAGGACGCCCCCUGCUAAGCCAGAGGAGACCCUCCCUAAAGAGGAGAUAGAGGAGGAGUUUGAAGAGAGCAGGCCAGCAACGCCAGAAGAGGAAGAAGAGAUGCUCCCGGAGAGUCCUCCAGUGAUAGAGGAGCCCAAAGAGCUGGUGGAUCCAGCCGUCAGAGCCAAACAGAACUGGCUAAGGAUUUAUAACAAAGUCUUAGAGCAGGUCCGGGAGGUGGGACCCUACGUCUGUCGCAAUGAGAGGCACACCACUACCCCGAUGUACUCCGAUGAAAAAUUCCUUUCUGUCAGCUUUGGGACUGCUCCUCCUGAAUACCGCAAACUCAUGUCUCCACUAAAGGAGGCAGACUACGACCACGAUGAAAUCGAUUUACAAAUCUGGCCGUAG